AUGAGCACACUGCAAUACUCUUCUUCACCGUCUUCACCUACAGUUAAUUCAACGCAAUCGCAGUUAUACUCUCAGUCGUUAAUGUCCCUGCAACCGCCAUCUUCACAGCCGGUAAAGAUGAGCAGUAAUACGUUCGUUCACAAGCUUUACAAGUACGGCUUUCAUAAAGUUAAUAAAUCACCUCGGGGACAUCGUACAUUGGCUGAAAAUCAAAUAUGGGAAUUUUCUCAUCCAAAGUUUUUACGCGGACGUCCUGAUUUGUUGGAUGAUAUUAAAAGAAAAGCUAUGGAAUCAGAAACUUUGCGAAGAGAAACUGGGGACUUACAUGCCCAUCUUGCCAUGAUGCAAGUUACGCAAAACGAGUUAUUGCAACAGAUUAGGCAAUUGCAAGAAAACUUUGUGGAGGUAAUGAGAGAUCUAACAGAAACAAAGAAAAGACAGAGCCUCCAACAAAUUUGGAUGAAAGGUAUGUGGGAAUUUCUGCAAAGCCAAGGAUCAACUAUUCCAUUUGAAUUGAAUCUAGAAAAUUUCGAGAUUAAACCAGAACCUGAACGUCCUCCAAUAUACAUUACUUCACCAGAAAAUCAUAAUAUAAAUUAUCUGAUCAAUAUGUCAACCCAUAAUAAUAUUUCAUCGCGUCCAUCUUCACCUUUGACAGUAAACACCAGUAUAACCAGUCAUGGAAGUUCAUCUAGUCAAGCUAGUUCACAUGGUCAAAGUCCAAAUUUGAACAUUCAACUUCCAGGGAGUCCUUUUCUGAAUAACUCUAUAUUGACUGGUCAAAUACCUCCCCUUUCUCCUAAUUCAUAUAGUGCUUAUACUGCGGCAGUAAAUACCCCUUUACCUCCUAGCCCAUCACCAGAUUCACCGAUGGGACAUCCUUCUGACGACGAUAUGGAUGGCUCGAUUUACGGUGCAAGUCCUAGCCAUAUAGAAGAUUAUGAUGAUAUGUUUACUACAUCGAUGUAG